AUGCCGAUUCCCUUUGUUCUCGUGUGUGACUUGCUGGACGAAUGUCACCGACUCUCCAUCACCAACGCAUCCAAUACACGAGCUGUUGUGGAUUGGUUUUCUCGGCAUCGAGGUCGUCUUGAUGCCCACGAUGCUAAUCUUGCUGCAUUGCUUUCCACCUUGCUACCAGAAAAGCGAACAGAUCGGGUGUAUUGUAUCAAAGCACCAACACUGGAGAAGAUCAUUGGGAGAGCCUUGAUGCUGGGAUCAUCCCGAAUCGCCGAACUGGCUUUGUACAAACAACCUGGACAGGGUGCCGAUCUGGCUGAAUGUGCUGAACGAAUACUUACAACAACUGUCAGUCCUAGCCCUGGUCCCUAUUUUGGAACCAAUGACCUAACUCGUUGCCAGCCAAACCCGAUGUGCAAUGAAAAUCUCCGAAUCACCGUCGAAGAAAUUGAUGAGGUGAUGCACGGGCUGGCAUCCAAGAUCAAAUGGAGCUCCCCAUCUAUCCGCAAUUCGCAAGCCACCAUGACCCUGAGGGGCAGAUGCGAUCUAGAAGAUGUCUAUCGUCGACUCUCUGCUCGUGAGGCCAAGUGGUUUACCCGGCUUGUCCUCAAAGACUACCAGCCUCUCAUUUUGGAUUCUCAGCUUGUAUAUCGGUGCUGCGACUCAGCUCUGCCUCUGAUCCUCAAGGCCCAGGAAGAUUUCGCCACUGCUAUUCAAACACUUCAAACAGCCAAAGGAAACAUGCUCCCCAAUUCUGUUAAGCCAACCGCGAGGAGGGAUCGUAUCCUCGCCACAGUUAAGCCAAAACUGGGAGUCAAGGUUGGCAGACAGAACUGGUUCAAGGGCCGCAGCAUCAAGCAUUGCAUAGACAUGGGCCAUGGUCGCAUGAGCGUCGAGCAGAAGAUUGACGGAGAGUACUGCCAGGUACACAUUGAAGUAGUAGGUGGGAAACCUCGCGUUCAGAUCUUUUCCAAGAGUGGUAAGGAUAGUACGGAGGAUAGGUGCAAACUCCACGGAGUGAUAAUCAAGUCUCUCGGAUUCGGCACACCACACUGCCAGGUGCGCACCGAUUGCAUUUUUGAAGGAGAACUUGUUGUGUACAAUGACGAGGAGAAUAAGAUAAUGCCAUUUCAUAAGAUCAGGAACCAUGUAGCGAGACGGGGCCGCUUCAUGGAUGUGGAUAUGGACUCACCGCCACGUUCCUAUGAAAACCUCAUGAUUAUAUACUACGACAUUCUACUCCUUAACGAUCAAUCGUUGCUAGGAACUCGUCACUCAGAAAGGUUCAAGAUGCUGGAACGAACUAUACAAUGCGAGACUGGUCGGGCAGAGUUGGUAAAACGUACUCUUGUCGACUUUCAUCGCCCAACUGCUGCAUCAGAGCUAAGAAAAGCCUUUGCCAAUGUCAUUACUAGCAAAGGGGAGGGACUAGUCCUUAAACCAGACGACCCCUAUUUCAACUUCCAAGCCGAUGACCGACGUAACUCUGGUCUAUGCAUCAAACUCAAAAAGGAAUACAUUGGCAAUUUUGGAGAUGUGGGAGAUUUUGCCGUCGUUGGCGCCGGUUUCAACCCUACGAAGGCCAAAACGUACAAAAUUCCCAAUCUUCGGUGGACCGUAUUCUACGUCGGCUGCUUGAAUAACAAGGAAGAAGUCAAACGUUGGAAUGCUAAGCCAGAAUUUACAGUGGUCAGCGCUGUCGAGAUUACGGAACCGCUUCUCAAAAGCUUCAUCUCUCACUGUCAUCCCGUCUCGGUUUCUUUGGAGAAGAAUGAUGCAACAAAAUUGCACAUCCCGAGGGGCAUCGAAGCUGAUGCUCCGUUGAGAGUGGCGUUCCAGAAACCUGCAGUUUUCGAUUUGAGGUGCUUCAGCUUUGAUAAACCUGGAAACAUGGGGUUUUGGACGUUGCGGUUCCCUGUUGUUUCAAAGAUACAUUUUGACAGAGAGUACACUGACACGGUUACAUUUGAUGAGCUUCAACAAAUGGCCAAAGAGGCCAGAGCCACCCCAGAUCUGGAAGAUAGCCAGGAAAACCUUCAGUGGAUUGCGAAGCUUGAAGGAGCAGACCCCAGAGGACGCGCAGUCGAUGCCGUCAGCCAGCUUACUGCUACAACGUUGGCUACGCCGUCGCCUUGUAGUUCGAGGACACCUAGAUCACCGGUGAUGCUUCGAUCGUUAAGUAAAAGCCCCGAAAUAAUCAGAUCCUGCCAUGUCAGUCAAAAAAUAUCUGUCACUUCAAGCGCAUCCCUCAUCACUCCUCCCACUUCUUCUCCAGUAGCGGAGGACAUCAAAACGCCAGAACCAAGAUCCAAACGCAAAUCGGCCAUAUUGUCUUCGCAAUGCGCAAAUUCUGCCUCAAAACGCCGCCGUUCGGACAUCAUUCCAUCGUCACCAGUAUCAGGGUCUAGGAAGCCCCGGAAACCUCUAGAAGAUGUGGAUGGUAAUGCCUCACAGGUGUCCGCCACGCCCAGCUUGUCCUUUGUUACCACCGCCGCCGGGCUUGACCAGUCCGUGGAUCUCAGCAAUCUCGUGUCUUCAACACAAGAAACGCAGAAAAAUAUGACUGUGGCAGAACAAAAUGAUUGUGAAAACUUGGCGGGGAGUGAAAUCAGCUGCGAAAUCAGCUGCACCCCUAUAACCAUAUCGUCCGAGGAAGCAUCUCAGACAAACCGGUCCUCCCAAGUCAAUAAUGGGUGCCAAUUCGCUGGUAAUAAGUGCCAUCUGCUUGAUCACACAAUUUUGCUGCCUUCCGGAGCUUUGGGGCAAUCGACAGAGCGGACUGCUUUGUUGAACUCCCAUGGCGUAUCCGGGUUUGCAGUGCCGAUGGAUGACUGGUUGAUGCAAAACAACCAUGGCGCUACUCUGGGGAACAAGUCUCCACAAGUCAUUUUGUUGGUUGACACAGUGAACAAGGCGAGAGAGACCAAGGAUGUGCUGGCGGAUGUGGAACGGGUUCGAAAGACACUACCGCGGAAAACGAGAGGUUGGAUAGCUGUCUAUGACUGGCGAAUGUUGAGGAAUCUUCAGGUCAUGGAAGAUGAAGAAGCAAAGGACAAGUACUAUGAUGGAUUUCACGAUCCGUGGCGGAGGUGGUACUGUGGAAUUGUAUAA